GGAGCUUCGGCAAGCGCCACUGGCCGGAGGAAAGCGGCGGGAUGGGCCUCUCCUCCCUCCUGCAAAAGGCGAAGCCGCAGCCGGUGGCGGUUCAGGUGCGGGUGGCUCCGCGCCCUGCAAAGUCCAUUCCUCCCCCUCCGGCGUCUCUCGGAGCUGCGCCUGCUGCCGGCAAUGGAAGGGGCCGCCGCUACACGGUGAGGAGCACCUGUCGUGUCUCCCGAGGACGUGGGUUGUAGUGAUUUUUACUCGGGGAUCCUUUUCUACCAUGUCAGAGUUUUGGCUAAUCUCAGCUCCAGGGGAUAAGACAAAUUUGCUUGCCUGGGACAGAAUGAACACCGUGACUUCGAAAGCCAACCUAUCCAGCAACAGCAAGUUCGCCAUCCCUGACCUCAAGGUAGGAACUCUGGACACGCUGGUUGGCCUCUCAGAUGAGUUGGGAAAACUCGAUAGUUUUGCUGAAAGUGUAAUAAAGAAAAUUGCCCAGUAUAUUGGAGAAGUUUUAGAAGAUUCCAAAGACAAAGUACAGGAAAAUCUACUGGCCAAUGGAGUUGACCUGAUUAGUUACCUGACAAAGUUUGAAUGGGACAUGGCCAAGUAUCCAAUAAAACAGCCACUGAAGAACAUUUCAGAAGGAUUAGCAAAGCAAAUUACACAAAUUGAAGCAGACAUGAAAAGCCGAGCAGCUGUCUACAACAACAUCAAAGGAAAUCUUCAGAAUCUGGAAAGAAAAACGAUAGGAAAUCUUUUGACCCGAACAUUAACAGAUAUAGUGAACAAGGAAGACUUUGUGUUGAAUUCCGAAUAUCUCAUCACUCUCCUUGUUGUAGUUCCUAAAUCAAGCUAUGUGCAAUGGCAAAAAACAUAUGAAUCACUCUCGGAUAUGGUGGUUCCUCGCUCUACGAAGAUGAUCGCUGAAGACACCGAGGGAGGGCUCUUCACAGUCACCCUGUUCCGAAAAGUGAUUGAUGACUUUAAGACCAAAGCCAGAGAGAACAAGUUCAUGGUGCGGGAAUUUUAUUUUGAUGAAAAAGAACUGAAGUGUGAAAAGGACGAAAUGAGGAAGUUAGCUUCUGAUAAGAAGCAACAGUAUGGUCCUCUGUUGAGAUGGUUAAAGGUGAACUUCAGUGAAGCAUUUGUGGCUUGGAUCCAUAUAAAGGCACUAAGAGUUUUUUCAGAAUCUGUCCUCAGGUAUGGAUUACCAGUGAACUUCCAGACAAUGCUACUUCAUCCUAAUAAGAAAUCCAUGAAGAGGUUGAGAGAAGUACUAAAUGCAAUUUUCAAGCAUCUGGAUGAAGUAGCAGCAGCCAGCCUAUUGGAUACUUCGGUUGACAUUCCUGGCUUGCAGCUAAGCAAUCAAGACUAUUACCCCUAUGUCUAUUUCAAGAUUGACCUCAGUCUUCUCGAUUCCAGCUAAAGUUUGCUGGGCCAAGUGUGACUUGUUUUUCAGUAUUGUUGGAUUUGAUUGUGACCGAAAUGUCAUCCACUCAAGCUGUUUUGUUUUUAAUACACAUAUAAUAGGAAUGUGGCCCUCUCCAUGCAGAAAAAGCAAGUAAUUUUAAGCACGUGUUAACUGUAGUUCCUAGAUUUGGCUUAACGAUAAGCAGACUAAUUGCUUUUUACCAUUUUAACAGUUAAAAGAUACUGGAAGCUUUUUUCUGAUUAUAUUAGAAAACAUUCUUUGCAAGGUAUUGUGUUAUAAUUGUAUUUAUUGUAAAUAACCCUGAUCGUCUAGGGUUUUAAAAAAAUUUAAAGGUAGUUUAAGGUAGAAAUAUCCUGGAGUCAUACAUCUGUAAUUUGUUUAAUGUAUUGAUUCAGUCAAUACAGCAGUUAUACAUUAAAAUAGGAGGAAAUAUGUUUGGGAAAUUAAUUUUGAUUUAACUAGUUGCUUCAGUUUAGCAUGUAAGAAAUCCAGAUAGACAAUUUUUCUCUCUUGUUUCAGUGAAACAGCUUUUCCUUCCACUGAAGACUGACUCACUGUAGACAUAAUACAGAAUUUGAAAUCUCG